CGUUGGCUACCCACUUGAGGAAACACUGAGGUUCCAGAAGCUGUAAGACGGAUCACCUUGCAGAGAAGAAACCUCGAUAUCCUGAGAUUGGCUAUUCCAGUCUCUGACUGGGCUUCUGCUCUGAUCCGCUGAGCCUGUUGACAAAAAGCAGCCAGAGAACACCACCUGGUUCCUUACCAGCAGGAGCUGAAGAGAAGCAAAUCUUUAUUAUAAGUGGUACAGGAUGGUGAGAGCCAAGUCUUGGACGCUGAAAAAGCAUUUUGAGGGCUUCCCCAAAACAAAUGACUUUGAGCUGAAAGAGGUGGAGUUGCCAAAGCUAAAGGAUGGAGAUGUGCUGUUUGAAUCUGUGUUUCUCAGUGUUGAUCCUUACAUGAGACCUUAUAGUAGGAGAUACAUGAAAGAGGGAGACAUAAUGAUAGGCAGCCAAGUUGCUAGAGUUGUGGAAAGCAAGAAUCCCACCUACCCAGUAGGGACCUAUGUUGUGGCUAAUUCAGGCUGGACAACUCACUUCAUCUCUGAUGGGAAAGAUCUACAGCUGCUUCCUCCUUGGCCAGAAAAGCUCCCCAGAUCUUUGGCUCUUGGGACAAUUGGCAUGCCAGGCCUCACUGCAUACUUCGGCCUAUUUGAGAUCUGCAAGAUGAGAGCAGGAGACACCGUGCUGGUUACUGCAGCAGCUGGAGCUGUGGGUUCAGUGGUGGGGCAGAUUGCUAAAAUCGGAGGUUGCAAAGUGGUUGGCUGCGCUGGCUCAGAUAAAAAGGUUGCUUAUCUGAAACAGAUUGGCUUUGAUGAAGCCUUUAACUAUAAGACUGUAGGAUCCUUGGAAGAAGCGCUGAAGAAGGCCUCACCCGAUGGCUACGACUGCUACUUUGAUAACGUGGGUGGAGAGUUUUCAAGUAUUGUUCUGAAUCAAAUGAAGAAAUUUGGGAGGAUUGCUGUGUGUGGAGCCAUCUCUGGAUACAAUGACACAGUGCCCCAGAAAGGACCUUAUGUUCAGAUCCCAAUGAUCUUCAAGGAACUUUACAUGGAAGGAUUUAUCGUCUCACGGUGGAAUGACAGGCGUGAGGAGGCCCUGAAGAUAUUGUUAAGAUGGGUUGUAGAGGGGAAAAUUAAGUGUGAAGAACAUGUUACUGAAGGAUUUGAAAAAAUGCCAGCAGCUUUCAUGGGACUGUUAAAGGGAGAAAACCUUGGAAAAGCAAUAAUAAAAGUGUAAAGAGCAUGUGAUUCAUUCCUUUAGGAAAGCCAUACCAAUAGCUUAUGUCUUGUUGCCAAAUGCUCAGCCACAACUUUUAAAUGGGCUAAAGUAUACUCAAAUUAGACAAGUCCAACUGGUUUGGGGAAAAUGAGGCUUCCUCAAAUAAUGCAAUGCUACAACAAAUUGUUGCUCCUGCAGCUAAGUGAUUAAUCCACUUUAUCGCUGCUAUAAUCAGUCCUCAUUGAUACAUGUGAUUCUGAGACUUAGACGAAUACUCUAACCCAGGUAAAUGGUCAGUGGAGCUAUAUGGCUUUAUACUAACUGAGGAUCUGACCUUAUUUUUAAAAACAAGGAACCUUAACUGAGCUGCUUAAGAGCUUGAUGUCAUCUAAGGUCCAUGCAGAGAACAGAAGUCAACUGCAAUCUUUUAAAUAGCAUCUGCUAAAUAGUCAUUAAUAGAUUUGUACUAGAUCCCCUUAAAAUGUGGAUUUUAUUCUGUAGCUAACAUGCUUGUCACAGUCACAACAUUUAACCCAGCAGUAAUCUAAUUAAAUAGUUUAGAGCUGUAUGCUAUGUUUAUGCAAAGAAAAAUAUACCAUUAAAAUCUUAUUGAUAAAGAAA